UGGGACCAGGACCGUGUCCCUUGCAGGUUGGUGGCUGGUGGCUGCGAGCAGAGCACAGCAACUGCCCCGACCCUCCCUGUCGCUGCACCCAGCCAGGGGAUAGAAGUGGGGGACAACGUCACCCUGCGGUGCCACCUGCCCCGGCCAGCUGCCUGGGUCCAGCUCUGCCAGGAAGGAGGUUUCACCCCCUGCAUGAAGAAGUACAACGUUCAGGACAUGGCCGUGUUCUCCUUUGCUGUCACAAAGUGGGUGCACACAGGGACAUAUCGGUGCCAGUACCGGGUGUCUGAGCCAGCAGAGACGUCAGAGAAGAGUGACCCUGUGGAGCUGGUGGUUACAGGUGAGUGCACUGGGGUCCGAGGGAUUCCUGAGCUGUCCUCAUAGG